GUGGCGAGCCUCGUUAACCGUGUUCCGUUAGGCAGUCAGACGUGACCGGGCUGGACUGCCGUACACAGCCGCUGUGCCAGACAUGGAGCGAAGACAACUUUGACUGGAUUGCCAAAUUCUCCUGGCGCUGAUUUUAACCAGCGCAUCUGCGAGUGCUAUGAGAUGCCAUGAUCUGGCCGGAGGAGGACAAUUGCGCGCCCCCAGUAGACAGCAUGGACACCAAAAGGCGCUCUGCUGAAAGGUGACCUCCAGACACUUCACCUCCCCAAAACAUUUGAAUAUGCCAGGACAUAAAAAUGAGCUCCAACAGCACAGACCCUGGUCUCUUCCUGAGUGCCAACACCUCACCACCAACAGCCGGAGGCUACCCACAAUCCAAUGCUCUACACCAAGGAGGAACUGGAGGGGUUCCCUGGUUUUUUUCCCAUGUGAAUACAUUGGAUGAUAAUUCUUCUUCCACCAGCAAACUUUUAAACCUCACAACAGAAACCCCAAAUGGAAACAGAACUGUGAUCCUCGAUCCCUUGGGUGGCCACCCUGUGUGGCAGGUUGUCCUGAUUGUCUUGCUGACGGGAAUGCUGUCUCUCAUCACCGUCAUUGGCAACAUUCUGGUAGUGGUAUCCUUCAAGGUUAAUCGCCAGCUUAAGACAGUCAAUAACUACUUCCUUCUGAGCUUGGCCGUGGCAGACCUCAUCAUAGGUGUCAUCUCCAUGAACCUCUACACAGCUUAUCUUGUGAUGGGCUAUUGGGCCAUGGGCAACUGGGCCUGUGACCUAUGGCUGGCCAUUGACUAUGUAGCCAGCAAUGCAUCAGUUAUGAACCUACUGGUCAUCAGCUUUGAUCGCUACUUUUCAAUCACCAGGCCUUUGACUUACCGGGCCAAACGUACCACAAAGCGAGCUGGUAUCAUGAUCGGCCUUGCCUGGGUUGUUUCACUUGUUCUGUGGGCCCCUGCCAUCCUGCUAUGGCAGUAUUUUGAGGGUAAAAGGACAGUACCCACAGAUCAAUGUUACAUUCAGUUCCUCUCAGAGCCCACUAUAACCUUCUGCACAGCCAUGGCUGCUUUCUAUCUGCCUGUGACGAUAAUGAGUGUUCUCUACUGGCGUAUUUACCAGGAGACCCAGCACCGUUCAAAAGAGUUAGCUGGAUUACAGGGUUCAGGGGGUCGUGGUGGGAUAGCAGGAAGAGGUGUAAAUGGUGGGGGUGACAGAACCCGCUUUGUCCAUCAGACAGGAAGUUCUAGAAGUUGCAACAGCUACGAGCUAACCAGGUUGUCCAAGAGGAGGAGCACAUGUCGGGAGCUGGUUGGCCGCUUCCACUGCUGGCCCGGGGUUCGUUCUUGGAGACCUGGUAGUACACGGCAAGGUGAUGGUGAUCCAGACCAGAGUAGCAGUGACAGCUGGAACAACAAUGAUGCUGCAGUCUCGUUGGACCACUCUGGGUCUUCAGAGGAUGAGGACUGUGGGGGCAAAGAGAUGAUUUCCCAGAGUCAUGCCAUUUUCUCCAUUGUUCUCAGCCUGCCUGGUAUAAAGGCAGCCGUCAACUCCCAGCUCACCUCAUGUGAGGAACUGGACGCAGCCUCAGAGGAGGAUCCACUAAGAGGAGCAGAGUAUAGCCGAGACAGUCUCUCAACAGUCGCCACCAACACCACUGCCACCACUACUCCUGAUGGAGAAAUCAGUUCAGACAACAGCUACCACCAACACUUCUGCUCACGCAAGAUUCAGUCAAUGCCCAUCAUCCAGGCUACAUCUAACCAAGGCUCUCUGGACGAUCCUCCAACAUCUGCCAACACUGCCACAGACAGGACUACCACCAGCACAACCACCAAAUCCCCCCCCGUCCCAUUGUCCUUUAAAGAGGCUGCUCUUGCAAAGCGUUUUGCCGCCCGAGCUCGGACUCAGAUCACCAAGAGGAAGCGCAUGUCGUUAGUGAAGGAGAAGAAGGCAGCUCAAACUCUCAGCGCCAUCCUCUUUGCUUUCAUCAUCACAUGGACCCCUUACAACAUCAUGGUGCUGAUCAAUGCCUUCUGCAAAGUUUGCAUCCCAGAGACCCUGUGGGCGGUCGGGUACUGGCUCUGCUACGUCAACAGCACUGUCAACCCCAUGUGCUACGCCUUGUGCAACAAGACUUUCCGCACAACCUUUAAGAUGAUUCUGUUGUGUCGCUGGGACCAGAAGAAAAGGAGGAAGCAGCAGUUUCAGCAGAAGCAUUCAGUGGUCUUCCACAGGAGGAUUCCAAGGGAGUCUACGUAAAGGACAAGACAUUAAGAUGGUCAAAAUCAAAAGAUUUAACAUAGGAAAAGGAAGAAGCAUCCAUGUAUUUAUUUCUAUGUGGAGUUUCUUUACUAAGAGAUCCUUAAUGUGUUUCUCUGCUGGUAAGUCACACAGCGAUCCUAUGUGGUGGUCUUCAGGUGUCUUUGUGUUGGUUCAUCAAUUUAGCAAAGCAGUUUGUAUGUGUGAAGGGGUUUUUAAGGUGAGGUCCAGAUGAAACCUCUUCAUCUGUACUUGGAGAACCAUGGCACAUUUGUACACCUGGGAGAAAUGAACUGAGUGGAAAUAAUAGAAAAGGGCUUUAAAAUGCAUCACGGAGAGUUGUUGAAGUGCAGUUGACACAAGGGGAACAGAUACGUAUCUUUGUCACAGGGUUUGGGAUUCAUAUUUCUUAUCAUUGCUCUCUGUGGGUAACUAGAUCUGUAACGUGGUUUUGCAUUUUAAACAAAACUAUGUAUCUGUAAUAUCUCACUGAAAGCCAAAACAAAAUGACUUUGUGUUCACAGGCUUCUACAUUGAACUGAUUUGACCGGCCGUCCUCUUGACUGGCUCGUGUUUUUGUCAGAACAUCUGUACAUUGCCUUUCUACAUGGAUAUAGCUUUCCUGUCUGAUGGAGUAUAAAGAAGUUCUCUAAAUUGUGUCCUUACUUUUCGUCAACAGAGAUCUGUUAUUUUUGUGAUAUUCAUCUUUGUUUUUUCUAGAUAUUUCUGAGAUUUCGAGCCAGUCUGAAAAUGAUUCUUCUGAUGAACUGAGUUGUGAAUAUUCUGUGUGGCACUACAGUCAGUGAACUGCUGUUGUGUUCAAUGUGAUUGUUGUGGUUUUUAUGGUGGAGACAAUAAGUACAUUGGUUGUGUUUUAUGUACUUGCGGUUUUUGUCAAGAGUAUUGAAUAUACAAUGAUGAUAUUCUGUUUGUGUACAUUUGGAUAUUUCUGACUUGAUACACAAUUGUUGGUUGCACACACACACACACACACACACACACACAAACACAGAUGUCCAUUUAUAAAGAUGUGUGUUUUGAUUUUACACUACCUUUUACAUUUAUACAAAACUACACAGGUACACUACAAAGGUCCCACAUCUUUUGUAUAGUAGAGCAAUGGCAGCCUCUAGUGGCCUGAGAAAGACUUGUAGUCCAGACUGUCAAUCCCACUCAGUGCAGUAAGAAAAUCCCAUUCUGCCAAUAUGAAAACAGAAAUGCUACUUUUAUCAUAGUUGUGCAGCAGUUAUGCUUCAGUUCAUAAUUUUGCUUAUAUUUUAUAAAUUAAUAUUUUAAAAUAUAUGUAGCAUAUAAAAAAGAAUGGUCACAGUCAUAGAUGGUAAAAUGUUUAACUUUCUGUCGUCAUCUGGGUUUUUGCUUUAAUUUCAUAUGAUAUAUGGGUGAAAUAUUUCUUCUUUAAAAUGAUUCAUAAAUAUUUGUAUAUAGAAUUGCCACCUGCCUUGGUCUACAGUACAUCUUGUUUUCUAUAUAGAAAAUGGGAAAACACCACAUACCAACAGAAGUAAGGUGCCACAUAAGGCAAGAAUUUAAAAUGUUGUUUUAUUUUAAUGCACAUUAUGUUAUUUUUAUCGGAUGUUAUGUGGAUGUUUUUUUGCAUUGUUGCUGCACUCCAUUAUUUUAGUAUGGAUAUUGAGCAUAAGGUAUUUGAGGCAGUGGACAAACUGCAUCAUUGCACCUGACGUACUGAAGAAUGAGUAGAUUGGAUUGUGUUGGAUGCAGUGGUCAUAUAUAAAGUGCUGUAUGCAAAGGAGAUGUAAACAAAUAUCUCUUGCCUGUCAACAGUGGAUAUAAUGUCUGCUUUUCCAACAAUGUGCUCCAGUGUCACUAUACACUCUUCAUCAAAAUAUGAGAUUUUUGUACUUAGAUAUUUGGAAUGUAUACGACCAAAAUGGUGAACACAAACAUUUUGUUACAUUUCAAGUAUGCCAAUCGUACUCAUAUUUUAAGUCAAUAAACAA